AUGGCAAGUCUACCUGGUAUUGAUGAGCACACUACGUCUGAAGAAUUGAUAACUGGUGAUAAUGAAUGGCACAAGUUGGUUAUUCCCAAGGGCAGUGAUUGGCAAAUUGAUCUUGAAACAGAAGGAAAACUAAUAAUUAAGGUGAACUCGGGUAUAGCUGAGAUAUUUGGCACCGAGUUAGCAGUAGAUGAUGAGUAUACUUUUCAGAGCUGGAAGUUUCCUAUAUACGCCGUCGAAGAGACAGAACUAGUAUGGAAGUGUCCUGAUUUAACUACGAAUACCAUCAUUGUCAAGUCUAACCAUACUAUGAAAUAUAUAUACAAUCUACACUUUAUGUUGGAGAAAAUAAGGAUGUCUAAUUUUGAAGGCCCUCGAGUGAUGAUUGUUGGUGAUUCGCAAACCGGGAAAACCUCCCUGUCAAGGACACUAUGUUCGUACGCUUUGAAGUUUAACGCUUACCAACCACUAUUUAUCAAUUUGGACCCUCAACAGCCCAUCUUCACUGUUCCUGGAUGCGUAUCUGCCACCCCAAUAUCGGAUAUACUUGACGCACAACUACCUACCUGGGGUCAGAGUCUCACUAGUGGUGCCACACUACUACAUAACAAACAGCCAAUGGUGAAAAAUUUUGGCCUAGAAAGGAUCAAUGAGAACAAAGAUUUAUACCUUGAGUGUAUAAGCCAGUUAGGUCAAGUGGUAUGUCAGAGGUUACAUAUGGAUCCUCAAGUCAGGAGAUCAGGAUGCAUUGUUGAUACACCAUCAAUAUCACAACUGGAUGAAAAUUUGGUUGAGCUGCAUCAUGUAAUUGAAAAACUCAAUAUCAACAUUAUGCUGGUACUAUGCUCCGAGGCUGAUCCUCUUUGGGAAAAGGUAAGAAAGACAUUUGGCCCAGAAUUGGGAAAUAAUAACAUUUUUUUCAUCCCUAAAUUGGAUGGCAUCUCCACAGUUGAUGACGUAUACAAGAGGUCCUUGCAAAGGACAUCCAUAAGAGAGUACUUUUAUGGUUCUCUGGAUACAGCCUUGAGCCCUUAUGCUGUUGGUGUUGAUUAUGAAGAUGUCACUAUUUGGAAACCUAGUAAUGUCUUUGACAACGAGGUUGGUAAGGUGGAGCUGUUCCCGGUCACGAUAACGCCAAGCAACCUACAGCACGCUAUCAUAGCCAUAACGUUCGCAGAAAGAAGGGCAGAUCAGGUAACUGUAAUAAAAUCGCCUAUCUUAGGGUUUGCUUUAAUCACAGAAGUUAAUGAAAAAAGGCGUAAAUUAAGGAUUCUAUUACCUGUACCAGGUCGACUUCCCAUCAAGGCGAUGAUUCUAACUUCAUAUAGAUAUUUAGAGUAG